UGCCAGGGAAGGAGGCUGUCGUGGCACAUAACGCACAGUAGAGGGCUUGGAGCAAUAAUCAACAGAUUUCAAAGUGUGCUCGAGGCUGAUCAGAGGUUUUAUAUCCAAAGAGGUAUUGAAUUUGGCACUGGCCAGAAAGUUCCUGAGAGCAGCAAUUUUGUACCAUUUCCUCAACAAAUGGAGAGCAGAGACAAAGCUGAGACAAUCAGGAAUGAAAAAGUUGUGAACUGCUUAUACCAGAAUCGUAAUGCACUUUUUAGGCUGGUUUGCUUUCCUUGGGGAGGAGGUGGCUCCAAUUUCUUUGCCAAAUGGGGCCAAGAUAUUCCUAAUUCCGUGGAAGUGCAUGCCAUACGGCUUGCUGGGAGAGAAAGUCGGCUUGACGAACCUUUUGCAAGUGACAUGCAUCAGGUGGUUGAUGAAAUUGCCUGUGCCCUACUGCCAAUCAUGCAGGGUGAAAAUUUUGCAUUUUUUGGCCACAGUAUGGGAUCUUAUAUUGCUUUUUUUACUGCACUACAUCUGAAAGAAAAAUAUAAUCUAGAACCAGAACAUUUAUUUGUGUCAAGUGCAAGCCCUCCUCAUGCCCGACUUCCUUUCCUCAAAGAUGAUAUGUGUGUCGAACAAAUUGCCUUUUUACUGAAGGAAAUGGGAGGCAUUCGUGACGAUUUUGUUGGUGAUGAGGAACAGAGUCAAGAAUCCUUUACCAAAGUGUUAGCAGAUCUUCACAUUUUGAAAGAUGUCAUCUGUAACACACACUCUAAGACUCGUCUUUCUUGUGACAUAACAUGCUUUUCUGGAUCUGAAGAUAUACCAGCGGAUAUGGAAGCCUGGAAAGAUGUAACCAGUGGAAAUUUUGACAGUUUUGUGCUUCCAGGACACCACUUCUAUCUUCUGGAACCUUCCAACACAAGCUUCAUCAAGAAAUACAUAACCAAGUCUCUAGAAAUAUCAGCGCUUGCCUCUUGACAGAUACCUCCCCUUCUUGGUCUUAGAACAGUCCCAUUGAUCAUGUGAUACUCUUCUUCGGUGUUUCAGAGUAGCUUAGGAGUUUGUUUCAGAGAUUGGAAAAUGAUCAAUUUGCUGCUGUCAGGGUGAUGUGUUAUCUACAAAUGUAUUUCCCCACAGAGCAUUUACAUAUCUGGGGGAUGCAAGAUGAAUGGGUCAAGAAUACUUUCGGGAGGGUCUUUCUUCUUUGUAUUAGAAUCGCAUUUGGGUCUCAUCUGUGGAAGGUUUGUCAAUGAAGUUCCUGCUUGGUCAAUGAUUCGUUUCUUCCUUUCGGUUAUUCUGACAGUGAAAAUCACAGACAGGGGAAGUGCUUGAAAUGAAAUGACUGUUUCAUUAACACACUGGGGCCCAAAGCCUGAUCUCAUCUUUUGAAAUAUAGGGUUGCCCCAAUCAAUGAGGAAAUGUUAAAAUAAGACAGCCCUGAAUAAUCAUUGCUGCCUGUCCUGGCAAGUCCCCGGAAUGCCCGUAGCCCUCUUAGGUUCUCUUCUAAGGGGUUCCUCCGACCUGGACUGCUUGCUGUCUGUGUGUGUUCCCGCUGCUGUUCAGGCAAUGACCAACUGGGACUCAGGGUGACUGUCCGGAGUCUAGUCCUCAGUGUACAGAGGGCCAGGCACAAAUGCCAGACCCAGCAGGCUGCCUCAGCUUCAUGUGUGAUCAUCUGAACCAGACAGAGAAAGCAAGCACACCAGUUGGAAACAUACAGGAAAGAAAAGGGAAAAAAUUAAGUAGGAGAAUGAUCUGAGUCAGAGCAACGGCAGACCACCACUGGUAGGAUUCACAGAUGCCUACUGCCCGGGAUGGAGAGGCACCAUAUCCCCAGGGCUACGUGGGUCCUGCCAUCUCUGCCGAGGCCCAAACCGUGUUUGUCUCUUGGAAUCCUGGCUGUUUAACUGGCACCUUGAUUUGUUAUCUCCCUUGGUUCUUCACAAUAAAGCCCCUACUGCAUGCAA